AUGGAUAAAUUCAUACAUUCCCAAGAACACAGCGUUAUAGUCGACGAUGAUACUAACACUAAUGACGAUAAAAAUUAUGAGGAAGAAACUCAAAAUUUAUCAAAUGCCCUGAAAAAUCUUUUAGAAAAAUUUUCGUCAACCACAAAUACAGGCAGUUAUGAUGAACAUCUAAAAGAAUGUAUUCGAAAUUGGUUCUCUCAACACAGAGAAUUUACAGAAAGUCAAAUCAUUGCGCAUCUAGAAAAUAUCGCUCACAAAAAUUGUGAUUACGCAUCCCUAUUAGGAUUCGUUUAUGAUAAAUCACUCGGAACUAUAUACGACCCUCAAAAAGCAUUCAAGUGGUAUCUACAAGCUGCUAAACAGAAUGACGCAUUCGGUCAAAACCAGGUCGGAUAUUUUUAUCAACUUGGAAUCGUAACAGAAAUAGAUCACAAGAAAGCUUUCUACUGGUAUCAAAAAUCAGCGGAGAACGGUUGUAGUAAUGCUAAAUCCAAUCUCGGAUACUGUUAUGAGAGUGGAGUUUAUGUAAAGAGAAAUGAUAGAUAUACGCUUUAUUGGUACUCUAAAAGUGCCGAGAUGGGUGACGAAUUGGGCAAGUGUAAUUUGGCAUAUUUGUUUUUUUGUGGUAUCGGAGCGAAUGCUGAUGUUCAUCGCGCUUUGAAGUUGUAUCUGGAGGCGAAAAAUAUGGGAUGCUCGAAAGCGGAGGAUUAUAUUUGUAGCAUUUUUCUUUGGUAA